AUGCCUGGUGGCGUGAAUAAUGGCUACAAGAUACUGUGUCUAGUGGCUUGCCCGAUGGCUAGAAUGGGAUCCAGAGACGUCUCUAGAAAUGAGUUCAAGAUAGAAGUAGGUUACGAGGAUCCUGAUCCUUACGUCUACACUUCAGAAAGCGCUGGAACCCCUAAACGAUGUAGAAGGUCCAUUCGUGGUCCCACGUUUCCAAAAGUAGGCAUAGAAAAUGUCGAUGGGCUUCAAAUGCAUUGUCAUGGUAUGGUAAUGCUGAUACUUUUGUUCACACUACUCAUUUUAUCAGCAAAAACUCAACAAGAAUGGAAUAAGAGAGAGAAUUAUCAGCCAAUGGAAUUAAAACUCAUACGUCAACAUGUGAUUCCACAAUGGCCCUCUGCAAAUCCGUCACGAUUUUUAUACCCGUUCGGAAAGACAGAUGGAAUGUAUUGGCCAAUUGUACAGCCUCACGAUGCCAUUGAUUUGAACGAUGAUGAUCAGGUCACUAGCGCUGAAACGAGAAAUCAGUUGGUAUGUCUUUCCGAGUUGACGUUCGCUUCUAGACGACAGAGUGGGUUUAGUGGUAUGGGAAUGACAUCCGCACUCAGCGAUGACGAUCAUCGUAAAUCGGCCAACCGAGUUGAUGAAAUUGAAUCUGAGUUGAACCACGGAAGGACCUCUAUGGGCAAGCUAAAAACGUUGUGUGAAUUGCAAGACUGGGAAGAGAAGUACUGGACAAUAAUAUGGGACAAUUUGUCCAGUAUUUUCAGAUCUGCACCACCAAUAUCGCAGCUAAAAAUUGAUCAGUUUGUCUCGAAAGCUUUUGAAUCUGCUGCUAAAAUUAAACAACGUGGUGAUUAUUAUAAUAGGUUCCGUGAUAUUGUCGGCCGUGCAGGGUCACGAUGA